GUAGUAUUCUUCCCUAAUCUAAAAAACAGAGAAUUUAAUAUUAUCUUGAAUGAAAGGUUGUCCAUUUUAACCACUCAAAAAACAUCCAGCUUGUUCAUCUUGAGACCUUGAUGGCAGCUUAUAGUGCUGUAACUUGUCUUCUUCAAACUCUUGAGCAACGAAAUCCACAACUCUUUGAUGCUCUCACUGCUAAAGCGCUUGAAUCUAUUCAUGUUACUGCUCAAUAUUUUUAUAAUUUUCUUGAAGGAUCAGGCAAUAAGAAUGUUGAAAAAAUCAAAUCUUUGGAGGAAAAAAUUAGAAUUGCUGCUAAUCAUGCAAAAUAUGCUGUUGAGCUGAAGAUUUCCGAUAGAAUCGAUGGCAUAUCCUACACAAAUGCAACUGUACAACAGGAGGAUUUGCCUGUAGUUGUUGAUGAAAUGGAUACAAUAAAGAAAGAAAUGAUGGAGAUUAUUGCUUCUGGUUUUAACACAACUACUCAUGAUGAUGAUGAUCGAAUUCUUGAAUUAUCGAGGGAUUCCUUAAUUGGCACUUCUUCUACAUAUUUGGAAGAUGAUAUCGUGCACGGACUUGAUGAUGACUUGGAGAUCAUAAUUAAAAGAUUAUUGACAGGACAAUCGCGGGAUCUUGAAAUUGUCACAAUAACAGGCAUGGGUGGCAUUGGCAAGACCACACUCGCUAGAAAAGCGUAUAAUCAUCUCGCAAUCAGGUAUCAUCACUUUGACAUUCUUGCUUGGGUUACAAUAUCUCAAGAAUUUCGAUGUAGAAAUGUGUUGUUAGAAGCUUUACGUUGCAUUUCAAAGCAAACAGUUAGUUUCAAUGCAAAAUAUUAUGAUAACAAGGAUGACUCUGACUUAGCAGGCCUAGUGAAAAAAGAGUUAAAUGGUAGAAGAUACUUUGUUGUUGUUGAUGAUAUUUGGAGUAAGGACGUUUGGGAUAGCAUAAGAGGAAUAUUUCCUGAUUGCAACAAUAGGAGUCGAGUCUUAUUGACUACUAGGGAAACUGAGGUAGCGAUUUAUGCAACUACUAGUAGCCCUCAUAAGAUGAACCUCUUGGAUUUAGAUAACAGUUGGAAGUUACUUCGUGAUCAGGUUUUUGGACUAGAACACGAUCAUCCUCCUGAGUUGGGAGAAAUUGGAAAGGAAAUAGCAGAAAAAUGCCAAGGACUACCCUUUACGAUUUCAGUUAUUUCUGGACAUCUCUCUAAAGUGGACAGGACAUUAGAAAGUUGGAAGGAUGUUGCCCGAACCUUAAGUGAAGUCCUCGCUAGUCAUCCAGAUAAAUGCUUAGGAGUGCUCGGUUUGAGUUACCACCACUUGCCUAUUCACCUCAAACCUUGUUUUCUUUCUAUGGCUUGUUUCCCAGAAGACUUUCAAGUUGAUACUCGGAGAUUGAUCCAAUUAUGGAUCGCAGAAGGUUUCAUAAGGAUGUCUGGUAGAAGUCGUAAAAGCUUGGAGGAAGUGGCGGUAUAUUAUUUGGAGGAUCUUAUUAGCAGGAACUUGAUAAUGGCAAGAAAAAGGAGAUUCAAUGGUGAGAUAAAAGAAUGUGCAAUGCAUGAUCUACUACGUGAAUUCUGUUUGAUAGAAGCUAAAAUGACAAAGUUUAUAUAUGUUGUGAUAACUGACCAAGAAGUUCUUACUCUUCCAACACAAAAGCAUAAUGGUGGUCGCUUCAGUUUUCAAUCCCUAUUUUGUUCAGCUGAAGAUUUUAUCUAUCGAUUACCAUUUUUUACCAGAUCUAUCUACAUAUUUUGUUCAACACGCUUUGUUCAUUUCAGCUAUUUCAAUCUUCUUAGGGUAUUGGUCUUCCCCCAUUCUUGUUUUGCAUUUCCAUUUGACUUGACUAAUUUAUUUCAUUUGAGAUAUCUUGAAGUUGAAAGGUUUGAUUGUCCUCCUGAAUCAAUCUCAAAGCUUCAGAAUUUGCAAACUCUAAUUCAGCACGAACAAUGUGGGAGCUAUAUAACCGUACCAGGGACGAUUUGGUUGAUGAAGAACUUGAGGCAUGUGUAUCUGGGGUCACCGAGUUAUUUACCCAGUCCUAGAAUAUCAGAACUUGAGAUAGGAAUAUUGCCAAAUCUAGAGGAACUUUCUGGUCUAUGUUCCUUCAGUUGUACAAAUGAUGUUUUCAAAAGCAUUCCCAAUCUAAAGAGAUUAAUGGUUCGUGUAUCUUGUUCGAAAGAAGAUGUUAUGACCAAACGCCUUAUUGAUAUGUCCAGCUUGACAAAACUCGAAGCAUUAAAGUGUUUCAGAAAUGCUUGGGAAGCGAUUUCCAUCAGGAGGUUCAGUUUCCCAACAUCACUUAAAAUGUUGACUUUAACCGGUAACUAUCUUUUUCCGUGGGAAGAAAUAUCAACUCUUGCAUUGUUACCGAAUCUUGAAAAGCUCAAACUUAAAGAAUCGCCAGCUACAGGUGAAGUAUGGAGACUGAGUGAUGACGACAAAUUCCAAAGUCUCAAGCUGUUGAUAUUUAGCUAUCUACAUUUUCAGCACUGGGAAGCUAGCAGUGAUAGCUUCCCAAAUCUAAAACGCCUUGUUCUGAAGAACUGUAGCUUCCUUCGAGAAAUUCCAACAGAUUUUGGGGAAAUUGGUACUUUGGAGUCAAUUGAGUUACAUUAUUGCGGCACUGGUGCUGAGGAUUGUGCCAGAAAGAUUGAACAAGAACAAGAGGACAUGGGAAAUAAUUCCCUUAAGGUCUACAUCCAUAACAGUCGUGGAAAUUGAAGCUUAAUUUGAAGGACAAUCCUCUAAAUGCAGAACUUUUUAAUGUAUACUUUGAAAAGUAAAUUGUUUCUUUUAUGCUCUAAUUGUCAGUUGUUAAAUAUAUAUUUUAGGAAUAAGCAUGUUUAAUGAACGUCUUGCCCAUUCGUGAUUUAGUAUUUUGCAAAUGAUAACUAUUGAUCUACUGUAAUAGGAGAAUUCAUUUUGUGUUAUGUAAUAGUUCGAAAUGAAUAAGGUUUCUAUUAUGCGUUGUCUAUG